GCGUGCGUCAUUCAACCACUUGCUGUACAUGUAACGCGAAGUUGAUGAGAAGGUCUUGCUCGCAGCGUUUGGGCAAUUGAAGUCUCCCUGCGGAAGCACAGCAUCACUGCUCGACCUCAUCAACAUCAGCAUCCGUCAGUGCCAGGCUUUCAUAAGCUCUUGUAAGACAUCCAACAGGGGUUGAGGCAGAGCUUGCAGCAUACCAGAGUGAGCGAUACAACGAGCGGCGCGGCACGGCCGAGACGUUCACACAGGUUCAAGAAAAGGCGAGGGUUGUGGCAAACAUGAGCCAACAUGAUGUGGGUCUCUUCACCGCGUAUGGUGCGCUGAUGAUUGGCGCCAUAGUGCCCAUCUACUACGGCUCGCUCGCGUCGCUCAAGACGCCCAAGACGACGCGCGAGCUCCGCAAGCAGCUGCGCAAGCGCAAGAAGGACGAUGCCGCUGACGAGGCGGAGGACGAAGACGAAGACGAUGGACUACGCGUCGGCGAAAAGGUCACGUCGGAGGAUGCCUGGCUGUUCCCGGUCUUUGGUUCUGCCGUGCUGUUCGGCAUGUACCUCGUGUUCCGGUACCUCGAUAAACAAUAUGUCAACCUACUUCUGAGUUUCUACUUUGGUGUCCUGGGCUUCUUUAGCCUAAGCAAGGCUUUCCGAGACGUGCUGCAUGCGGUCCUAGGUCGCAAGAUCGUCUCGAGGUUUGAAAAGAUCAAAGUGGAAGUAAGCAAAGCUGGGAGAGAGCUGCUCAUAUUCACAUGCAGCUACCUGGACCUUGUCGUUCUUGUCCCACUUUCGCUCUUCCUCGUCGUCUUCUACAUCAUCACGAGACACUGGAUCGUCUCGAACCUGCUCGCGCUAUCUCUCGCUUUGAACGCGAUCGCGCUGAUGGAGAUUGACAGUUUCCUCACGGGAAGCAUCAUGCUUGGCGGUCUGUUCGUGUACGACGUCUUCUGGGUCUUCGGCACGGACGUCAUGGUCAGCGUCGCACGCAACUUUGACGCGCCGAUUAAGAUCGUAUGGCCAAAGAACCUGCUGGAUGGCCUCGCGGGCUUGCUCGCUGCUGCUGCUCGUGACGGCAGAAUGAGCUCCCUCUGCGAGGCUUGGUCAAAGCUGCACUGGCAAUUCACCAUGCUCGGGCUCGGUGACAUUGUGAUACCGGGCAUCUUCGUCGCGCUGGCGCUGCGUUACGACCAGCACGUUGCAUCCGUCGCCGCGCCGAGCGUACACUUCACGAGACGCUACACGUCAUUCCCCAAGCCGUACUUCACCGCGACGCUCAUCGCGUACGUCGCGGGCCUCGCGACGACCAUGGCGGUUAUGCACGUGUUCAAGGCGGCGCAACCCGCGUUGCUGUACCUCAGUCCUGCAUGCGUCUCGGCUGUCGCGCUGCAGAGCUUCAAGCGCGGAGAAUGGAAACAGGUGUGGAGCUGGAAAGACACGGAGGAGGACUCAGAGGGGCAAGAGCAGGAACAAGCGCAUGGGUCCAAGGAAAUACAAUCAAAAGACAGCAGGGGCAAGAGCCUUAAAGCAGCGACCAAGAGCAGCAAUGGCGAUGCUGGAACCGCGACAGACGGCGGAUUGGAGCGCCGCUCCUCGCGAAAGCGCAGGCAGAGCGUCAAGACUCUAGAGGCCGAUAUCUGAGCAGUUGGGAUAUAUACUGUGUGCAAAAUAGUAGAAAGCCUGUACCCUAGCUAGGUGGACU